AAGAACUGCAUCGAUCUGCUUGCCCUUUUUCCUCCUUUCUUCCCUUCUGCCCCAUCGCCUUGCCAGCGACCACGAAGCCGCCCAUCGACAAUCACCAGAACAGACGUGGCAAUAGCGACAGAAGAGAACAACAAAAGGCAUCGUACGCAUACUCGUUGCGAGGCCGACGUGUUGUUUUGUCAAUUCCUACCUGGACCAGCCCUGGGAAGUGCAAGGGGAGGUUAGGUCCGGUUCUUAGGCUGUUAUUUUCCCGUUCUUGGUACGCCUCAUAACUGUUGGCCUACCAAACCCUCUUUCCCGCUGAGCUAGUCUCUACAGCCACUCGCUUUCUCCUAUUCUCCUUGGGAAGCGCCGCCGCCCACGCGUCCGCCUCUCAAUCAAUCCUACGACGCUGAACACCCUCACAACGGACGACAUUCUUUUUCAACACGUUCUUUCAAACAAACUUUCUUUCCGCUCUAUCAAACUACGUGGUACCUGCACUGUGGGUUGGGGGACCAGGACCAACCGAAUUAAAAACAAGGUGUCGAUUGAGUCUGAACACUUGGAGGGAAUUGAAUUGAUCAAUCCCUGGCCCGACCGAACCGAUCGACACGGCUGGAGUCCCGUCCAACGAACGCCCGCUGCCAACUUUGUCGAUCGUCUUCUUGUCUCUUUUUUUCUCUUGCUGAACAUAGUUUCGGUUUUGUACACCUGUGAGCGAGGGCCUUUUCUGGCUCUUUCAACUAAAUCACGAUUAUCAUGGCCCAUCUCGCGAUGUCGGGUACGGUGCCCAUCGCUACCUUGCUUCGCCGAGACGCUCAGUGCCCUGAUUUCGUCUCGACCGAUUGUCCAGUACCAGGGCCUUGCAAUCUGCAGUGUGGUCAAGGACAGUCAUGUCAGAGGAAGAGUUCUAGCCCGUGCAACUGUGCAACAAACUUCUGCGGCGAGGAUCCCUCCUCCAUCACAUCGCCGAGUACGUCUCAGCAGCAGGUAUCUUCCAGCAGCAGUGGUCCUAGUGCAGGCGCAAUUGCCGGUGGUGUUAUAGGAGGUGUGGCUGCAAUAGGCUUGAUCACCUAUCUGGUCUGGAGGUUCUGCAUCAAGACCAAACGGGACCCGAUGGAGCGCGAAUCCUGGCUCGAAGAAAAGCGAAACGGUGAUCUGGAGGCCGACGAUGACAUGACAGCAAGGAGGACGCAUCGCUCGUCAACGCACACCUCUCACUCCGUCGCAUCCACCGUGCUCACUCGAGCCUCGAACAUCAUCCAGAUCGCAUAUAUCCCGGGUGUAACGAACAGGGCCACACCAACGUCACCAACACUACUUGUUCCCCCUGUCCCACCGAUCCCCAUCGCCGUCUCGCAGGCCAGCACACCUUCAGCCCCUGAAGACCAGCACUUCUUCAUGCCUAGCGACCUGCGACCUGAUUCGACCUACUCAGCCAUGACUGGUUACACCGACCGCACCUCAUUUGCACGUACCUCAUAUGCUCCCCGCUCAAGUAUUGCUUCCACAAUCUACGGAAAGAAUGCAGUAAUUGUAGCGCCGGCGCAGACUGGCAUGCGGGCCAAGCCAGCCAUGGUCUCUGUGAAGUCGGGCAGUGGGGCGAGCAGUGGCUCUAGCACCCCACCUGUUCCAGACAUCGAUUUCGAGAAGUACGGUACUGUCAGGCCGCCUAGCCCUGCAAACAGCACUUUCAGUGUCGGUUCAACCUUUUUGAACAACGCGAGCGCUCACACAGCCAUGGCCGCUCGACCUCAAGUCGUCCGUGUCGGGAGCGUUAGCAAGAAGUCCAGCAAUCUGGCCAGGACGAUAAGCACCGCUGAUUCCACACCGUCCUCCAUCAUGGCCGAAUCUCCAGGUCGUUCAUCAGCUGCCGGAAACGCCGAUCAAUCAUCCAAGACAGACCAAGGCCCUUUCGCUGACCCACCAAGGCCAUCCACAAACAGGAGUAACAAGGCCAUAAGUGCGGUCAUUCAGGAAGCCACCCGUCGUGCCUCUCAGCGAGACAUGACAACUGUGAGCAGGCCUGACAGGGAAAGAAGUCCAUUUGGCGAUGAACAUGUCGCAAGGGAUUGAUGAGAAAUGGCUUUUUGAUUAUUAGCGUGUUUUGUUUAUUCGUUGCCCGAGUCUUUUGAUGCUAGGCUCGUGUAGCUUUUUUCUUCUUCUAGUAUCUACUUCUAUCGAUAUCGACAGACCAUGUUUGGUGCUAUUUUAAGUCGUUUCGAUUUUAUGCCACUUACCUUUUUUUCUUUUAUCUUAUCUAUCUUGUUUCCUAUGUCGGGCUAUAGACGCCCUUUUUUUUGGAUCAUUGAGAUACCGUGAAGGACAGAAGCAUAUAUCUGCCUUCGAAAGUGGCGUAUUGGAUUGCCAGGGCAUAUAUAAAUCAAUACAGUCGCAGACCACUACUCACCCUGCCAAGUCAACCAACUAUGACUUCUGCUUUAUUGUUAUACUCGCACUCCACGAUUG